AUGACGAGGAGAAGGUAUGAGAGCAAGCAUGAUUACAUUGAGCUGAACAGGAAGGUGGUCGAUUACUCCCAGUUUCAGGAAUCAGAUGAUGCUGAUGAAGAUUAUGGAAGAGAUUCAGGUCCCCCAUCCAAGAAAAUCCGUUCGUCUCCCCGGGAGGCUAAAAAUAAGAGGCGAUCUGGGAAGAAUUCUCAGGAGGACAGUGAGGAUUCAGAAGACAAAGAUGUGAAGACUAAAAAAGAUGAUUCACAGUCGGCAGACGAAGAUUUUGGCAGUGAAGAUGAUGACUUAGGAGCAGAUGAUGGCAAAGCUGACAGUGACUAUGAGAGCUCGCAAAAAAGCAAAAAAGGAAAAAAGGCUAAACCAGAAAAAAAUAAGAGACCAGCCUCCAAAUCCAGGAAAAGGCCUGCAGAGGACAGUGAGGACGAGAAAGAAGACCACAAAAAUGUGCGUCAGCAACGACAGGCAGCAUCCAAAGCAGCUUCUAAACAGCGAGAAAUGCUAAUGGAUGAUGUGGGUAGUGAGGAGGAAGAGCAAGAGGAUGAUGAGGCACAGUUCCAGGAAAAUUCAGGAAGCGAUGAAGACUUCCUCAUGGAAGAUGAUGAUGAUAGCGACUAUGGCAGUUCAAAAAAGAAAAAUAAAAAAGUCUCCAAGAAAUCCAAGCCAGAGAGGAAAGAAAAGAAAAUGCCGAAGCCCAGGCUAAAGGCUACAGUGACCCCCAGUCCGGUGAAAGGCAAAGGGAAGGCAGGCCGCCCCACAGCUUCCAAGGCAACAAAAGAAAAGACCCCAUCCCCCAAAGAAGAGGAUGAAGAGCCUGAAAGUCCUCCAGAAAAGAAAAAGUCAGCCAGCCCUCCACCAGAGAAGUCAGGGGAUGAGGGAUCUGAAGAUGAAGCACCCUCUGGUGAAGAUUAAAUGGCAGUUGAGGAAAUCUUUGUUUAAAAAAAAAAAGAAAAAAAAGAAAAAGGAAAAGAAAACAUACUUAGGGGUAGAACACGGUUUUGGCUGUGGCUUGACUCAUGGGCUUUGAAUGCUGUCUUUACUUUCAGCUGUUUAAUACAGUGUAUCCUUUUUUUAAUAAGAGGAAACCCUUAUACAGUAAUAUUUUGAAGUCACUGUUCUCUGUUGGCCAUUCCGUUCUCCCUCCCCCACCAAAUCUGAAAGCCAUUUGAGACAAAUUAACAGACCAUUUAAAUAUAUAUUUUUUCCAAGGGAUACUGCAGUUGUGAAGCAAUAAGGUUUGAGACUGAUACAUGGAAACCAUACUUACAAAUCAUUGAGUAGAAUAGAUUUCCCAGUGCUGGUAAGAGUUCUUUACAAUUAUUAUGCUGUAUUUGAAUAUAUGGAAAAAA